AUGAGAAUCAAGACAGUCAAAGUGGUGGACUCUUCGACGGCAAUAGACGGCAAAGAUGAUGUUUUGAGAAGAAGGAGAGUUCCAUCACCAACGCCGCCAUCACCAACUGGACAACGUGAAGAGCCAGAUCGCUUUCAAAAAGCUCUAACUUGUGGGUUUGAGCAUAUGCCACAUUGGAUGCAAGACAAUGGCUUCAUACUAUCUGGUUACCGAUUCAUUGACAAUUCGUAUCGAGAAUGUGUCAAAUCCAUGUUCUACUUGCACAACGAGACCUUGAACGUAUAUACCCAUUUGAUUGGAUCUCUGGCUUUUGUCGUAUUGGCAUACCUGACGAUCUGGAAUCGAGUUCCAUGGUCAGAGUCCAUGGAAAACGCUAGCUGGAUCGAUAUCGUCGCUUGGUCCUGCUUCUUUGCUGGUGCUAUAGGCUGUAUGGGCUUAUCAGCAGCCUUCCAUCUGUUUCAGUGCCACUCGUAUGAUGUCUGUACAGCCUGGAAUAAGGCUGAUUACGUUGGAAUCGUCACGCUCAUUGUCGGGUCUUCCAUUCCCGCUCUAUAUUAUGGUUUAAUAUGCUCACCUACAUUACAAACAUGGUAUAUUGCUCUGAUGACUGUGGCUGGUACCGCAACCAUCAUAGCUUCAGCUUUCGAUGUCUUCAGAAGUGUUAGAUUCCGCACCGCUAGAACGAUCGUCUUUGUAGCUCUGGGAGUUACUGCCAUCUUCCCCAUUACUCAUGCUGUGUUCUUAUGGGGUGUGAGUGAAGGAACUAAAUGA